GUGACCUCUCCGCAUCUUUGGGCCCUUUAAUGUGUUUCACCUUGGACCACUUGUUGUGACCCGCACACAGGGCGGGGCUCAGGUGGAGCGCCCUCCACACCUGUAGUAGGUCUGGCUCACACCGGGCGGCGAGAAUGCAGGUAGGACUAACCCGAUGAAGGGGUUGCAGGGUAUGGAGAGCCCGCAGAGCCAACCGCCCCGCCAUGCCCUUCACACAAAUACAGGUAGGUGACCCAGCAGAGCGAAAGACAAGAUGAGGCCAUAUAUCCUCAAAACAACUGCAGAAGGAGGAGGAGGCAGUGGUUACUCGCUCUCCUCCCCAUAAGCGGAUCAGGAAGGAGCCCAGACUCAAUUGAUUAUUGGGAUUCCAAACCAGAAAGGGAUGAGACAACAUGGAAAGUUAUUCAACGUAUCGGUGAUGUUGCCGGCAGUGGGAGUUGGUCUUUUGGCUCUUUUUCACAGUGCAAUAACUGUGACUGCAUUGGUGGACUCUGAUGAUGUCAUCACUCGAGAUGAACAGAUCUACGUGCUGAUUGGUGCGCACGCCAAUUGUGAAAAGAGCAUCAAGGCACAAAUGGCACUUGCGCAAGAAGGUGAAUGUAUCCCCGAGUGGGACGGGAUCAUCUGCUGGCCAAGGAGCAAGUCGGGUCAGCUGGUGUCUGUUCUGUGUCCGGAGUACAUUUAUGACUUUAAUCACAGAGGUCGGGCUUACCGCCAAUGUGACGCAUCUGGUAACUGGGAGCAGGUGUCCAUCAUCAACCGCACGUGGGCCAACUACAGCGAGUGCACCGCCUAUUUGUCGUCAAAUUAUAGGAACCAGGAAGAGGUGUUUGAAAGACUCCAUCUCAUGUACACUGUUGGCUACUCCAUCUCUCUGGCAUCCCUGUUGGUGGCUGUCUCCAUACUCUGCUACUUCAAGCGGCUCCACUGCACACGCAAUUACAUCCACGUCCACCUCUUCACCUCCUUCAUAUGUAGAGCAGUCAGCAUCUUUGUGAAGGACGCUGUGCUCUACUCAGUGACAGUUGAGAGUGAAGAAGAACCUGAGCUUGCAGGACACAAGCAGCAUAUGGCUGGCUGCAAAGUAGCUGUCACGCUCUUCCUUUAUUUUUUGGCCACCAACCAUUACUGGAUUUUAGUGGAGGGCUUGUACCUACACAGCCUUAUCUUCAUGGCUUUCCUCUCUGAUAAGAACUACCUGUGGGCCUUAACUGUCAUUGGGUGGGGUGUUCCUGCUUUAUUUGUGUCCAUCUGGGUCAGUGUGCGAGCAUCGCUGGCAGACACACAAUGCUGGGACAUCAGUGCUGGGAACCUGAAGUGGAUUUAUCAAGUUCCCAUUCUGGCGGCCAUUGUUGUGAAUUUCCUCCUCUUUGUCAACAUUAUACGUGUUCUAGCCUCCAAACUGUGGGAGACAAACACUGGCAAACUGGAUCCCCGACAACAAUACAGGAAGCUCCUCAAGUCAACGCUGGUGCUUAUGCCCUUAUUUGGAGUCCACUACAUGGUCUUUAUGGCUCUUCCUUACACUGAAGUGUCGGGGCUGCUGUGGCAGGUGCAGAUGCACUACGAGAUGUUCUUCAACUCGUCACAGGGCUUCUUCGUGGCCUUUAUCUACUGCUUCUGCAACGGCGAGGUGCAAGCAGAGGUAAAGAAGGCAUGGCUAAGAAGAAGCUUAGCGUUGGACCUGAAGCAAAAAGCCAGGAUAACCAGCAGUAACGGCGGCGGCAGCUGUUACUACGGGGGCAUGAUGUCUCACACCACCACUCACAGUGUCUGCAUGUCCGCCGCACAUCCCCGAGCGUUUCCCCUCGGCACCAACAUAGGGUCCAGGUUACCUCGCCACGCCCCCCUCUAUGCACAGAGCAGUCUACCCGGAUACGCGGUCAGCUAUUGUGAGACAUCGGGCCUCCAGCAGGAGAUGGCAGCGAGGAGGUCGGGAGGGAGCGAAUCCGGAGUUGUCUUUGCAAGGCAUGCAAGAGGAUGCAAGAGACAGGAGGACAAAAGCUGUGGGGCUUCAACACAGACCCCUCCGGAAGAUGAUGCCGACACCUCCUUGUCUGUUAAAGAGCUGGAAACUGCCUUGUAAAAACUGUGGGAUGCCAGGAUCCUGAAUAAGGAUGGUAGGUGAAACCACACAAUCUAAUUGUAUCCAAUACAAGAAAUAUAUGUAUAUAUUUUUAAAUAUAGUUGAGGUUUCUGUGGUUUAUUCGUUAUACAGUGCUUAAUACCGGGGUAAAGUGGAAUAUGUAUUAGGUCAGGAAAAAACACAGACACUAUUUCAUCCCUACAAGCCUGUUUUGAAACAGGCUUGUAGGGAUGAAAUAGCCAGUGCUACAGUGUUGUGUUUACAGGAAAAAACGCAGAAAUUAUUUCAUCCCUACAAGCCUUAACCGUAGUCAGCCAUAACAGGCUUGUAGGGAUGAAAUAGCCUCUGUGUUUUUUCCUGACUUAACGUAUAUAUUUUCAAAUAUAUAAAUCAAAGGAAAAUGGAGGGGAAAAAAACAAACAUCUGAUACAAGCAGAGGUGAAAAAAUUUUAAAAACACCAAAAAAAGGAAAAAAAAAACGAGCCAGUACAAAGAAUGGAUGGAUGGAUGGGUUAUUAAAUUAGUAUUAUUAGAAACCACAAAUGUGUUCAAUUAUACACAAAGAGGAAAAGUGAAACACAACCUUUUGUAAAAAAAAAAAGUUUGUCUUCUCUUAUUUAACAAUCAGUAUAUUGUUAAAUAAAUAAGACUGUAGGGUUGCCGCUAUCGAUUAGUUUAGUAAUAGAGUGACUAGUUGUCUUGAUUUUGAGAUGCACAUGGAAUGCACAAAUGUAGCUUGCAGGUAAAAGAUUAUUCAAAUACACUUAUAGUCAAGCUCUCGUCUACACAGACACUCUCAUGCAGAGAUGUGCACGUAAAACAGAAUUUUGCUUCCACAAAAAACAAGGUUACACUUGCGGUAAGGCGUGCCACAGCAGUCAAUUCCCGAGCGCUGAAUAAAGUGCGAUACUGGUUUGAGAAGGUUGUGGAAUUAGUAAUACAAUUCAGGUGGACCGAACAGCGCUCUGAAGCAGGGGUCAAGUUGCAUCAGGAUGGACAAACCGAAACAGGUAAAUAAACCAAAAUAUGAGCGCUAGAGCGGAACUAAAUCAUAAAAAAACGGAAAAUGCCAACAAAGUUGUGUGACAAGCCGUGACAAAUCUUUUGAUUACUAUCUUCUAUUUAUGGAGUAAUGGGAUAAAACACACUUUAUAGCCCUCAACGUGUAUUUUAGGGGAAAUAGUUGAAAUACAAACAUUUUUUUCUGCUUCUUACAACCUACCUUUUUUCUAACAAAUUCACAUCAACUUUGAAAUAGCAUUUUUCAAUAAAAAAAUGUACGAAAAAAGCUUUCAUGCUGUUCGGCGCCACAGAGCGCUUUAAUGUGUGCUCCAUUGCAUGUGGCUGUGCGGAAACUAUGACCAUGAAUUUAAAGAUCUGCGUGCUGCCUGUGGUCCCGGUUUUAUAAUUUUUUAUAAGUUACACUCAUUAAUCGAUUAAUCGAAAAAACAGUACAUAUAUCUAAGCUCAACUUAAUUGAUUAAUUGCUGCAGCCCUGUUUGGCUGUCCAAGUUAACACGUUAACUCAUGCGAUUGGUCACAAAACAUUAUCACAAUAAUCAUGUAUAUACAAAGAUUAAUCAGACUAUUUAGUUUGAGAGCCCAUGCUUCUUUACCUUAACGGCGGAUGGUUACUUGAAAGGCAGCUGUAAAGGUUGUUACGCGGUCAGGGAUCAAGUCAGUGCAAGGAUGAGAGAGGAGAGUUGGCUGGCAAAAUAAACCCCGGCGGGACUUUGAAUGAAAGAGCAGUUUACCAGUGAAAUUGCAUUUGUGUCAAAAUGUUUGGGUAUUUUAAAGUUAAUGCACACAAGUAAUUUACUACGAUUAAUGACAAUUAAUCAAAUAUUACAUUGCAUUUGUGUCAACUUUUUUGGGUAUUUUCAAAGUUAAUGCACACAAGUAAUUUACUACGAUUAACGACAAGUAUUCAAAUAUAAAAUGCAAAGACGUUUAAAAUACAAAAAGAAAUUGGGAGGAGGAGAAAAAUCCUAUAUAAAAUUAUAAAUCAAUAAUUAUGUCUUCUGUCAGAAUUUCACAAUUAGCGAUGAAUGUAUAUAUAAACAUGGAAAAAAAGAAAACAGGAACAUUUCACUUUAAAAUAAACCAAUACGGGAUAAAACCUUUGGCAAUGUUUGAAAAUAUGAAUUAAAACAUUCAAAAAUGUUCUUGGAUGACAUUCUGACAAUUAAAUAUUGGGGUCUUUUUUUUGUGGUAAUUUAAAUCAUGCAUGCAUGCAAUCUACUGUGAAUAUUCAAAAUGCAAAAGUUUGUUUCAUCUGAGCAAAACGUUGAAUCGUUUAACGGCGCUAAUAAUACAUUUGAAAAAAAUAUAAUUGGAAUUUUUUUUUUUCAAGAAUGAUAGUCAAUAAUUGUUUUCUGUAAAAGUUUUACAAUAUGUGAAUAUACAAACAAAACAAAAAAACACACAAUUUGUAUCAUUCAUUAUUAUCAUUUAUUAUCAUUCAUUUUUUAAAAAUACACAUGAAAAUGGGAAAAUUAUGUUUAUUAUCAUUGUUGUUGUGUAGUGGUGUACUGAACUACUCCAGUAUUGUAUUGGAUGUAAAUAGAUUGUGUGGUUGCAUCUAAUAAGGGGGCAUACUUUUAAUUGUGUCAUCAUUUAAAUUGUAUCCAAGCAAAGAUUGUAUUGUUUUCUCUAGUUUUCCACCCAUCAUUUGAAAUGGUGUCUUUUAAAGUCCCAUCCUACAUUUGGCCUCAAUAAGUAGACCAAAACAAGCUCCUCUGUUGACAUGUGAGCAUUUUUAUUAAUGUAUUGUAGUAAGUAGAGUGGUGGGCAUUACAAUCCUGUUACCAAGCUCACUAUCCAAAUAUCCAAUAUUAUGCCUCUUCGCCUGCUGUGGUCAGACAGGUCUAGACGGGCAGGGUGCUCGCUUCACUGGUAGCCUUGUCUCUGUUCAUUCAUCAGCCGUGACAGGCCUUAGGGCGCUGGUGCAAAGGCUGGACAUCGCCACCUUCCUCUGAGACUUUAUAAUCUCGCAACACCAUCAUGAAUUUCACACGUUAGCCUCAGGAAUGGACGCAGAGCUGCAGAGGCGGCACUCACGCUUGGUUAUGUGUGUGUUCUAUUUUUAUACUCACAUUAGGAAUGCACAUUGUUGAUUGGCACUGUGAGCAGAUAUAUUAAUUUGGAAAUAUGUUUAUUGUUAUAUUUGUGGUUUGCACUGCUUUUUUGCUCUCAUUGCUAAAUAAGAUCAGUAGUAUUAAGUAAGGUUGAGCGAUACUGCAAAAUAUUGUAUCGAUCCUUUUGCUUUCAAGCCUUUUGAAUGAUUUUAGUGAUUUGUCUUUUAAUAUUUUGAUCAUGAUUAUAAUCAGAAUAAAACACAUGAUAAUUAUAUUAGGAAAAUAUAAAAA